UUGGGGGUGUAGCGGCUACAUUCACUUCAGUUAUUCCGUUGCCAGAGUCGAGUGUCGGCUAUUCAUUUUUUUGAAAUUUAUACAAAUUCAUCAAAAUGACUGAACAAUCGAAUACCUUACCUCCACCAAUAAUGUGGGCCCAAAGGUCUUCAGUAGUAUUUCUUACUAUAAAUUUAGAAGAUGUAAAUGAUCCUAUUAUUAAAUUUGAGAAAGAUUCUUUAUAUUUUAAAGGCAUUGGAGGUGCAGAUAAGAAGAACUAUGAAAUCAAAAUUUCUUUAUAUAAAGAUAUAGAUCCUGAGAAGAGCAACAGUUUCAACAGGGGUAGAUGUAUUGAAAUUGUCUUGACAAAAGCAAACACAGAAGAUUCUUAUUGGCCUUCACUCACAACUGGAUCUGUGAAACAUCACUGGUUGAAAUCUGAUUUCAACAAGUGGCAUGAUGAAGAUGAUUCUGAGGAUGAAGGUGCAGGCCAGGGAUAUGGUGACUUCCAAGACAUGAUGAAAAAGAUGGGAGGUCUUUAUGAUGGUGGUGAUGGCAAACCUUCCUUGGAUGAUCUCGAUAUGGGUGAAGCUGAUUCUGAUGAUGAACCUUUGCCAGAUCUUGAGUAGUUUGUGCUUUCUUUUAUUAACUUAAUAUAUAAUCAUUUUAUUUCUAUUCAUAUUAUUUGAAUAUAAACCCAAUUGUUUAUAAAACAAAAAUACAUUGUAACUUAUUUUCUUGUGGUUAAUACAUAAAGAGCAUUAAUUGUA